AACCUCGAUCAUCGUUGCUAUUUGCGAGGUUUUCUAACCCGGUCCUCAUUUGAGAGAGAGAGAGAGAGAGAGAGAGAGAAAGAAUGUCCACGGUGACUGUUCCUCCGGUGUUAACUUCCGCCCGUGACGAUGCCAUCCAGUUGCACCGCGCUUUCAAGGGGUUUGGCUGUGACACUACCACAGUUGUAAAUAUUCUUGCUCAUCGCAAUUCGGCACAGCGUGCUAUGAUACGGCAGGAGUAUAGAACUAUGUAUUCUGAAGACCUUGACAAUCGCUUGUCUUCAGAGCUUAGCGGCGAUGUUAAGAGAGCAGUGUGUCUUUGGAUGCACGAUCCGGCAGGUCGUGAUGCAACCCUCUUGAGGAAGGCUUUAAGUGGAGAUAUCAUCAAUCUCAGAACGGCUGCUGAGGUGAUAUGUUCUCGUACUGCAUCCCAGAUACAACAAUUGAAACAAGUUUAUCAUGCAAUGUUUGGUGCUUACCUUGAGCAUGAUAUUGAAUAUCAAGCAUCUGGUGACCUUAAAAAGCUGCUGCUUGCAUAUGUUGGUAUACUACGUUAUGAAGGCCCAGAAAGUGACAGAAUGAUGGCAGAGAAUGAUGCCAAAGCUCUCUUUAAAGCUGGAGAGAAGAGAUUAGGAACUGAUGAGAACACUUUCAUACGUGUUUUCAGUGAAAGAAGCAGGGCACAUUUGGGUGCUGUUAGUUCUGCUUACCACAGUAUGUACGGGAGUUCAUUGAAAAAGGCAGUAAAGAAGGAAAUGUCUGGGGACUUUGAGUUUGCCCUUUUAACAAUCCUACAAUGUGCUGAAAAUCCUGGGAAGUUCUUUGCAAAGGCAUUGCACAAGGCAAUGAAGGGCAUGGGAACAGACGACUCGACACUUAUUAGGGUUAUUGUGACAAGGGCUGAAAUCGAUAUGCAGUACAUAAAGGCGGAGUACCGCAAGAAACAUGGGAAGUCAUUGAACGAUGCUGUUCACUCAGAGACAUCUGGACAUUACAGGGCCUUUCUUCUCGCUCUGUUAGGCCCGAAUUAGACUAGGUAUCCAAAAGGGAUUGUGUAAGAUAAGGUGUGGAUCUUGCUUGUUGAUAACAAUAAAACAUUACAAGAGAACAGACUUGUGAUUAAGGUUCAUUUGGGGCUGUUUCAGAACAGACCGGUGUUGUGUUUUGUUAGGUUGAUCUCGUCCCACGAAUGCAGUGUAAGUGAGAAGGAAUAGACAACUUGUCGUUUUACAGGCGUAUUGGGUACAACUGAAUGGACACUCCUGCUCAACUUCUAAAGGUCCUGCAGUUUCUUGACGACCCUGCGUGUCGUUUCCUUCUUUUGUUUUGUUUUGGUUCUUCUUGUUUUAGUUCGUGUGUGAUUUGAGUUGGUUGAUGAUGUAUGAUGUAAAUUCGGUUGCUACAUUGUGUAUGAAUAGGACGAAUUAUUUGCUGUUGUCA